UUGUUCGUCGACGAACUUGCCGAGAGAGCUCCAGGCUGGUUUCAGAUCCAGCUUGAGGCAUCAGGAUCGAGGGGAGCUUCAUGCACAUUGCUCUCAAACCCUACGAACCGACUCUAAGCUCUUGUGGGAUCCGCGUCCUCAGCGUGUCUGUGAGAGAUCGCCGUUUCGCUUGCGGGAUGCUAGUUUAUCGAGGGUGAAAUCGUUGGAAAUGGUGCUGAAGCAGAGAUAUCGGUGUGAUUUUUCGGUGUUGGUGGCAGGCUUGGUGGUUUAGAUGGUUGCAGGGCGAAGUUUGUGGACGUGAUCGGGAAGAGUAGUGGUGAGAGAGAGUGAGGUCAGGGGAGGUUGGAUCCGCCAGCGAUGGCGACGGAAUCACCAGCCGGGAAGGCGCGCUCGAAGCUGGAGAAAGUAGUAUCACCAGCAUUGGACAAGGUUAUUAAGAAUUCCGCAUGGCGCAAGCACAGUAAGCUGGCGCAGGAGGCCAAAGCCGCGAUUGAGAAACUGGGUGCGAAUAGCUUAGAAGCUGCCGCGACUGCGUUCGAGAGUCCUUUGUAUGAGGAUAAUAGCUUGUGUUAUAGUGCAGCUAAUGCGGAGUUGAUCCUGCAGCCUUUGAUCGGGGCUUGUGAAACUGCGUAUCCUAAGGUUGUGGAACCGGCCUUGGAUUGUCUUCAGAAGCUGAUUGCGCAUGGACACUUGCGGGGUGAAAUGGAUACUCUGACGCCUGAUAACAAACUUUUAUUGGAGGUCAUGGAAGGAGUGUGUAAGUGUUACGAUAUGGCAGAGGAUGGCAUUGAAUUGCUGGUUAUGAAAACUCUGCUCUCCGCGGUGACUUCCACCUCAUUGCGAGUGCAUGGGGAUAGCUUGUUAAAAGCAGUCCGUACUUGCUAUAACAUAUAUUUGGGCAGCAAGUCUCCGGUGAAUCAAAGUACAGCAAAAGCAUCCCUCACGCAAAUGUUAGUGAUAGUAUUCCAGAGAAUGGAAGCAGAUUCAUCCAAUGUGAUGGUGCAGCCAAUCGUUGUAGCAGACCUUAUGGAGCCAGCUGAGCGGUCAAAUACAGAUACAAAUGUCACGCAGUUUGUCCAGGGCUUUAUUACCAAAGUUGUUCAGGAUAUUGAAGGCGUGAUAAGUCCAGUCCCAGCUUUAAAGUCCAUGAAAUCAAUGAAAUAUGACGGCGCGUUUGAUACAGCCACAGGCGCAGACAGCAGUAGCUCGAAUGAUGUUUUAGAAUCCACUGACAAAGACAUGUUAGAGGCCAGAUACUGGGAGCUCAAUAUGUACAAGACUGCGCUUGAUAAAAAUAAGAAAGGCGUGGAAUUGGCUGAUUCAGAGGUAGAUAAAGACGGGGAUGCAGAUGUUCAGAUUAACAAUAAAUUACGCAGGGACGCCUUCUUGGUAUUUAGGGCGCUUUGUAAGCUCUCCAUGAAGAAUGCCCCUCAAGAAGGCCUCGCUGACCCGUUUGCCAUUCGUGGGAAGAUCGUAGCAUUGGAGCUCCUUAAGAUUAUGUUGGAAAAUGCUGGAACAGUUUUUCGAACCAGCGACAGGUUUUUGGGAGCCAUUAAGCAAUACCUUUGUCUUUCGCUAUUGAAAAAUAGUGCAUCAUCGAUGAUGAAUGUUUUCCAGCUCUCUUGUUCUAUUUUUAUGAGCCUAGUUUCUAGAUUUAGGGCUGGUCUCAAGGCAGAAAUUGGAGUCUUUUUCCCCAUGAUCGUACUUCGAGUACUGGAAAAUGUCGCGCACCCCAAUUUUUCUCAGAAAACGAUAGUACUACGCUUUUUGGAAAAGCUUUGCGUGGAUCCACAAAUUUUGGUGGAUAUUUUUGUCAAUUAUGACUGUGACGUAGAUUCGUCUAACAUUUUUGAAAGGAUGGUCAAUGGUCUGCUGAAGACUGCGCAAGGUGUACCUAAUGGUGCAGAGACCAGCUUGAACCCUGUCCAGGAUGCGGCCUUUAAGUUAGCAGCUAUCAAGUGCUUGGUUGGGGUUUUACGGUCCAUGGGGAAUUGGUUAAAUCGUCAAUUGCGGCUUACAGAUUCUUCCCCAUAUAUAAAAUCCAACGAUGGUGAAGAAAACAUAAGUGAGGUUGUUGACACUGCUUCGAUUCCAGCAGCUCCAACAGCUCCAGGAACUGAAAAUGGGGAGGUCAAUGGUGAGAAAGCUAGCGACAAGAAUGGUGAGAAAAACGGGGAAACCACCAGUACCUCUGAAAGUCGUGCAGCUGAGGAGACAUCAGAAGCAGCCACCUUUGAGCAACGACGUGCUCACAAGUUAGAAGUCCAGGAAGGCAUUGCAUUGUUCAACAAGAAGCCUCGUAAGGGUAUUGAAUUUCUCAUGAAAGUCCAUAAAGUUGGAGAAACUCCUGAGGAAGUGGCUAAGUUUCUCCGGGACGGCACUGGCUUGGAUAAAGCUAUGAUUGGAGAUUAUCUUGGAGAAAAGGAAGACUUUUCUCUCAAAGUGAUGCACGCUUACGUGGACUCUUUUCAUUUUCAAGGGAUGGAGUUUGAUGAAGCCAUCAGAGCAUUUUUGUUGGGAUUCAGAUUACCUGGAGAGGCUCAGAAAAUUGAUAGAAUCAUGGAAAAAUUCGCCGAGAGAUUCACAAAAUGCAAUCCGAAGGCAUUCAGCAGUGCAGAUACAGCUUACGUUCUUGCUUACUCUGUGAUCAUGCUCAAUACUGAUGCUCACAACCCCAUGGUCAAGACCAAGAUGUCCAAGGCAGAGUUCAUUCGCAAUAACCGCGGGAUUGAUGAUGGUCGGGACAUUCCAGAGGACUUUAUGAGUAGUUUGUAUGAUCGAAUAGUAUCCAAUGAAAUCAAAAUGAAGGCAGAUGCUUUGGCUCCUAGUAAGCAGCAGCCUGCUAAUUUGAACAGGAUGCUAGGGUUAGAUGCCAUCCUAAAUAUUGUUGUGCGGAAGCCUCGCGAGGAUUCUAAGAUCAUGGAGACAAGUGAUGAUGUCAUUCGUCAUAUGCAGGAGCAGUUUAAAGCCAAGGCUGGGAAAUCGGAGUCGAUAUAUUAUGCCGCAUCAGAUGUAGAGCUAUUAAGGCCCAUGGUUGAUGUUUCAUGGGCUCCCAUGCUAGUGGCAUUCAGUGUGCCGCUGGACAAAAGUGAAGAUGAGGUUGUUACUUUCCAAUGUCUCGAGGGCUUCCGUCAUGCAGUUCACAUUACAGCCGUAUUGUGUAUGCGAACACAGCGUGACGCAUUCCUUACGUCCCUUGCAAAGUUUACAUCACUUCAUUCUGCUGCAGAUAUCAAGCAAAAGAAUAUUGACGCUAUCAAGGCAAUUAUUUCAAUCGCAGAUGAAGACGGGAACUACUUACAGGAUGCUUGGGAGCAUAUUUUGACCUGUGUUUCGCGCUUCGAGCAUCUUCAUCUUAUUGGUGAGGGUGCGCCGCCAGAUGCUACCUUCUUCGCUGCCCCUCAGAAUGAAUUAGAUCGACGGCAGUCUGUCAAGGGUCCAGUUUUGCCAGUACUGAGGAGAAAACCACUAGGGAAGUUGCAGUACGCUGCUGCUGCAGCUCGGAGGGGUUCUUACGAUAGCGCUGGCGUUGGAGGUGGCUCUGCUGGAGUUGUUACCACAGAGCAAAUGAACAAUCUUGUUUCAAACUUGAAUAUGUUGGAGCAAAUUGGUAGCUUUGAGGUGAAUAAGAUCUUUAGUCGAAGUCAGAGGUUGAAUAGUGAAGCGAUUGUGGACUUUGUAAAGGCUUUGUGCAAAGUAUCAAUGGAGGAAUUGCGAUCCCCAAGUGACCCUCGGGUAUUCAGCUUGACCAAAAUUGUGGAGAUAUCGCAUUUCAACAUGACUCGUAUUAGGCUGGUUUGGUCAAAGAUGUGGAGUGUAUUGGCCAACUACUUUGUAACAGUCGGCUGUUCAGACAACCUGUCUGUUGCAAUGUAUGCGAUGGAUUCGCUGCGGCAGCUUGCCAUGAAGUUCCUAGACCGUGACGAGCUUGCAAAUUUCAACUUUCAGAAUGAAUUUAUGAAGCCUUUCGUGAUUGUCAUGCGUAAAAGCAGCUCUGUUGAAAUUCGAGAGCUGAUAAUCCGAUGUGUUUCUCAAAUGGUCUUUGCACGUGUGGGGAAUGUCAAAUCUGGCUGGAAAAUCAUGUUCAUGGUCUUCACUACAGCAGCUACAGACGAGCAUAAGUCCAUUGUUCUGCUCGCAUUUGAGACAAUUGAAAAAAUUGUUCGUGAGUAUUUCCCUUACAUAACCGAAACAGAGACGACCACAUUCACAGACUGCGUGAACUGUCUCAUAGCAUUUACCAACACCAGGUUUAAUCAAGAUGUUAGCUUGAAUGCCAUAGCUUUUCUUCGGUUCUGUGCCCUCAAGCUUGCUGAAGGAGAGCUUGGUGCUGCUGCACGAAGUAAAGUAGGAGACAAUGAGUCUCCUACCUUUACAGACAAAGAUGAUCACGUCUACUUUUGGUUCCCUCUUCUCGCAGGGUUGUCGGAGCUCACUUUUGAUCCCCGACCUGACAUACGAAAAAGUGCACUUGAAGUGCUUUUUGAUACUCUACGCUUUCACGGAGAUAAGUUUUCAGCUGGCUUGUGGGAGAAAGUGUUCGACUCCGUCCUGUUUCCUAUAUUCGACUCUGUUCGUCGUGCCACAGACGCAGCUCACAAUGGUGAAACUGAAAAAGAACAAGAAGAAUUGGAGAUGGAUGCAUGGCUUUACGAGACUUGUACAUUGGCUCUGCAGCUUGUGGUAGACUUGUUUGUUAAGUUCUAUACUGUUGUCAACCCCCUCCUGGCCAAGGUUUUGUCGUUAUUAACUGGGUUCAUCAAACGCCCCCACCAAAGCUUAGCAGCCAUUGGUGUGGCUGCCUUUGUACGACUGAUGAGAAAUUGUGGAACACUUUUCUCAGACGAAAAGUGGGAAGAAGUUCUCAAAAGUCUGCAUGAAGCUGCAGUGGAAACUCUUCCUGACCUUGCCCAUCUUGUAGUGAUUGCUCAAGACGAACAGGGAAAUCACAUGGCUAGAAAUUCAGUCUCAUCUCGCGCUGAAAGUCAGGAUGGACAUGAGCCUUCAAUGGCUUUGCAUAAUCUCAUUCAAGAUGUGAAGUGCCGAACAGCUGUGCAAUUACUGCUUGUGCAGGCUAUGACAGAGAUUUACAAUUCUCAUGGGGAACAUCUUUCAGCUGCCAACACAAUGCAGUUACUCGACACACUCCACACAGUAGCAGUUCAUGCACAUAAGGUGAAUGGUGACCAUGCUCUUCGUCAACAACUUCAAGAGCUCCGCCUUAUGCCAGAUCCCCCAUUGCUACGUCUUGAGAGCGAGGCAUACCAAGCAUACCUUGCCAUGUUGCAGCACUUGCCUAUGGAUAAGCCCAGUUUAGCUAAAGACGUGGAGGUAGAAACCAGAUUGAUUGAGCUUUGUGAAGAAGUACUACGGCUUUACAUCGCCAUCUCUACUUCCACUGAUGAAUCUAUUCAGAAGCCACGGUGGGUGGUUCCUCUUGGAUCCUCGAGGAGGCGGGAGUUGGUGUCACGUGCCCCACUAGUAGUUGCAACAUUGCAGGCCGUCAGUGGUUUGAAGGAUGCAUCAUUUGAGCAAUACUUGGUGCGUUUCUUCCCUCUGUUGGCAGGGUUGAUCAGCUGUGAACAUGGUUCAGGGGAGGUACAGUUAGCAUUGAGUGACAUGUUUAGCAAUUGGAUUGGCCCCAUCCUUUUGCAAGCACAAUUGUAAGGAUACACUUCCCGUUUCACUAGUGUGACGUCAGGAUUUUUUUCGCUCUAGUGUAAGAUUUGAGUCGAUUCCACAGGUAGAGUUUAGCUAGGCAGAGAGAUUCUGUAGUCGGCAACCUUGUAUUGGCCACAGUAGCAUUUGUAGUCAUUGCUGGAAUUCAACGAUUCAUACCCAGAAAAUUUAGUCAUCCGAUUUUUCUUCUAAAUUA